AUGGCGACUACGCAGCAUUAUCUAUGGGCCUCUGGUCAUUUCCUCCUCCUGGUGGCCUCCCUCCGCUAUUUUCUACCGUCGUUGUUGUGGAGAAGUGUCUCAGCGGUGUGGUAUAAAGGCACGCAUCCUAUUUCGAGCUUUGCGGGGGCCCUUGUCAGCUAUGCGAUUGUCUGCCAAAAGUCGCUGGGAACACCUCAGCCCAACCCCGCCUUUAUCAAGAGAGCCCUGCUCGAUGAGAAUGUUCAAUAUUUUGCCCUCGCCUUCUUCUGGUGGAUGUCUCGACCGAUUACUAUCGCUCUUCUUCCUUACGCCAUAUUCUCGCUAUUCCAUGCCUUGACUUUUACUCGAACGACUUUGAUGCCACAAUUCCUUCCGCCAGGCCCGCCUGCAACUGCUGGUGGCCCUCCGACGCCCCAUCCAUUGGCCAAACGACUACAAGUUUGGGUCAAAACGAACUACGAUUCUGCCAUGAAAAUUGUGGCUUACACCGAAAUUGUUAUUUGCGCGCGCGUAGUAUUUGGCACAUUCAUCCUGCAAAACUCUCUUCUGGCGCCUAUCGUGUUUGUCCACUUCCUUCGCCAACGCUACUACCAAUCCGCCUUCACGCGUGAUGCAAUCGCGGUCACGACCAAAAAAAUUGACAGUCUUAUUCGCAAACCAGGAAACCCUCCAGUUGUUGCGCAGGUUUGGGAUCAAGCUCAGAUGUUGAUUGGCCGCUGGGUUGGGACGACAUUAGCACCUGCUGGAGAGCCUGCACCACGACGAUGA